AUGAUGAAAGUCACAAAUAGUAGAGCUAAACGAAGAAAAAUACAAAAAGAAUUAGAUGUCUUAAAUUAUGAAUGGCCUAGAGAUAAUGCAUUUUCAAACCUUUUCCAAGAUGUACAAGAGAUUAUUCCUUCUAUGUCUUCUAACCAAAUAUUACAUUCUAUUGAUUCUAAUCUGGCAACACAAAUAAUUUCCCAUGAUAGUCAUCACUCUUCAUAUAUUUUAAACUCUGAAAAAAAUUCUGAUGAUAGUAACACAAAUCCUAUUAUAACCGAUGGGUUUCUUGAGAAAAAUAGUGUGAUGCCUGUUAAUACAUUUGAAAAAUUAAUGGUCCAUGAUAAUUUACCAAUACACCUACAACAACAGCAUGUACAAGAGUGUCUUGGAAAUUGGGCCGUUGAUUGCAAUAUUCCUCAGAAUGCAAUUAAUAAACUCUUAUCAAUUUUAAAAUUUAAAGCACAACUUAAUUAUUUACCUAAGGAUUGCCGAACAUUGCUUCAUUCUGGAUCAAAAAAAGUAUUAAAUUUAAGGGAAGUAGAUCCAAAUGGAAUAUAUUUCCAUUUUGGUUUAAGGGAAGGUAUUCUAAGGUAUUCUUCAAUAAUUGUCUCUCCAAAUAAUGUUAUUAAAAUUGCUAUUGGAAUAGAUGGACUUCCACUGACAAAAAGUAGUUCUGCUCAGUUUUGGCCAAUUUUGGCCUAUAUUCUGCCUCAUAGAAAUCAUGUUUUUCCAGUAGGAAUAUUUUAUGGUUCUACAAAGCCAAAAAAUAGUAAUGAUUUUUUAAAAGAUUUAGUUGCAGAGGUAUUAGAACUAACACAUACUGGGAUAAACAUAAAUAAUGAAACAAAAGUAGUUGUUAUUGAAAUUAUUUGUUGUGACGCACCGGCUAAAAGUUUUGUGUUGGGAGUAAAAGGGCAUGCUGGGUUUCAUUCAUGCACCAGAUGUACUCAUGAAGGAGAAUACCUCAAACACCGUAUUUGUUUCCCAUAUACUGAAAAUGGUAAUGAACAAAGAAAACACGAAGAUUAUAUUUCGAUGAAAAAUGAAGAGCAUCAUGUUACUAGCAUUUCUUGUUUAGCAUUAAUUCCGAAUAUUGAUAUAGUUAGUUUAUUUUCAAUGGAUUACAUGCACUAA